AUGGGGAAAUCUAGAGGUCAUUACAUCGUGGCGGGCGAAAUAUGGCCACCCUGGUUGGAAAGAACCAACCAUUCCGAUCCCAUGGGCUUCAGUGGCAUCACUUGGGAGAUCUUACAAAGGACCUCCGACAUCUUAGACUUCACCUUUACCUUUGUCCAACCCGAAGACGGCAAAUGGGGCUCCAUAGAUCAAUCCGGCGAAUGGAACGGAAUGAUAGGGAUGAUCCAAAGAAAAGAGAUUGAUUUUGCCAUUGGACCGUUUGGCAUGAACCCAGAGAGAGCACGAGCUUGCGAGUUUUCCGUUCCCAUCGCCUUAGAUCAUCUGAUCCCUGUCACACCCGUGCUUUUGAACAAGGAUCCGUGGGUCUUGGCCAGACCCUUUGAUUUCCUGGUUUGGACAAGUCUUUUAGGUUUAUGUGCGGUCUGCAUUGGAACACUUGUGCUUAUGACUCUCCUCCUUCCCCAAGGCCAUUCGGUGGGUGUGGUUGUCGAAUUUGUGGUGAAAUCCUUGGUCAAUGAAGGGUCAGUGACGAUCAGAAGAACAUCUAAAUCGUUGUCGAUCAUGUCAACGUUUUGGCUCUUUGGAAUGAUGGUUUUGGUCCACAGCUACUCUGGCACGUUGACAGCUCUACUGGCAGUGCCCAAAGCCCCGUUUUUGGUAGAGUCCAUGGAGGAUCUGACCAAUCAAGAUAUGUUUCCUUGGAAGAUUGAAACGGGAAGCGUUCUGGAACAAAUGAGCUUGACGGCAGAUCCAGCCACUAUUUUUGGAGGCUUCGUCAGAGGAGCUCAGCCUGGAGCAGGCACGUGUUACGACAAUAUUGAGAACAUAGAAAACGGAGAGUAUGCCAUGGUGUGUGAAAGGAUAUCAGUGGAGAAGAUGAUAUCUGAUGGGUUUUCCAAGAGUGGAAAGUGUUCCCUUUAUUCUGGGCGAAUUGCCUUCAUGAGCUUGGCCUUUGCCAUGGCAUUUCAGCCUAAUAGCACCAUAUUAAACAAAGUCAAUGGCAUUGUUCUUCAUAUGAUCGAGGCUGGAUUGAUUCGUAAAUCUAUGGAAAAGUUGAUGCCUAAUGGAACUCAAUGCGCCACCAUCGACCAAGUGAUUGGCUCUCACGGCAAUGAAAGGGCCUCACCAUUGGCAAUGACUGACCUCAUCACCUCAUUUGAGGCCUUAGGAUGGGGCUUACUAAUUGGAGGCAUUAUCCUUGGUUUGGAGUGGAUAUACAAACACUUUUAUU